AUGACGAUGUUUUUGUUGGCUUUCCUCUUACCGUUUACUUUUCAAAUAUUCCAAGUUGAAGGGAUAGAAGAUACGUUUUAUUAUCAUAAUAAUAUCCAAUGUAUCAAGUGUAAACGAGGACAAAAAAUAUCAAAUCAUUGUACCAGUCCAGGGGGCUAUUCGGAGUGUGUUCCUUGUGAGGAGGGUACAUAUGCUUUUAGACUCAGUUCUUCAACAUCAUGUGGAAAGUGUAAAGACUGCAGCCAUACCGACCAAAUAAUAAAGAAGAACUGUACACCAGAAAGGGAUACCGAAUGCCAAUGUCCUGAUAAGAAAUAUUAUGAUCUAGAAUUGUGUAAGUCUUGUGAACCACCUCGUAUUAAAAAGGUUCGGGAUGAAAAAGAGUAUUGUGAGGAAUGUGACCAUGGUACUUACUUUAAUAAUACUGUAAAAAAUUGUGUUAAAUGUGAUCCUUGUACGGGAGAUCAAGUAACCCAUGUUUGUAAUGCAACUCAUAAUACAUGUAUACAACUAUCCACCACAACAGCUGGUCUUAGUGGUCUUGAAAUGGCACUCACCGUAAUAGUGAUAGGUUUAGUAAUUGUUAUAGCCUUGUUAGUUAUACUCUACUGUUUGAAAGAAAAGAAAAAGUGUUGUUUUAGAAAGAAUGAAGAUAUAUUGAGUUCGAAGCCAGAGUGGCUAAAAAGAAUCCGUAAGAUAUUGAUAAAACAUCUGGACAAGAUUGAUCUUUUUGUUGAACAUUUAGUAACCCAAGAAUUCAACGCAACCGCUAAAUGGGCACAGUUAGAUAACAAAGAUAUCGAAACACGAUUCUCCAAGUUCAUGAACUUAUGGUACGAACAGACUAAAGAUCCAAGUCUAACACAAAUAUUAUCAGCUUUAGAAGAAAUAGAUAAAAAUGACUUAAUCAAAACAAUUCAGAACAAUGACAAUCUUAAAGAACAACUUGUUAAUGAAGAAACUGAGAGACAAAAUGUUUCCUGUGAUAUGAACAACAUAGAUGAAGUGAGAUUUCUGCCUCGAGAGACUAUGAAGAAAAUACCUAUCGUGUUUACUAUUUUCUGUCUCAAAAGGCCAGAAAUUCACCGUGUGCGGGCGUCUAAGCUGCCAGCUGAGCUAGAAAAAUUAGCUAACCAAUAA